UCCUAGACGCUUGGAGUAAUUAUCGGAAUGUCCGAGGGACAUCACUUGCGUGUGUCUGGGUGUUUUUGUGUGCCUUGGCACGACGGUGCUACAGCGAUGUACACCACUGUGGCGGUGAUACAGUUUUGGCGUGACAAACUUCAGCCCGCGAAGAGAUAAAUCGCUUUCGCUUUAUCUUUUAUCCGUGAGCCACGGGAAUUUCAUCCAACAUGGAUAUCCAAAAGGAUGAAAAAGCGAAGAAACUAACUGCGAAAACCAAAGCGGCAAAGCGCGGAGAAAAGAAACAGAGACCGGGAAAGCUUCUUCGGAGGAAAUCACUUAAGUCGGUGGGAAGUUUUAUGAACAAGAUUUUUAAAACUUUGGCUCACUUCGGAGACAUCGACCCACCAGAUGCCGAAGAUGACGAUGGCGGGUUCCGAGACAGUUGCACGUUUACUGCCAACUCAGGAAAUUUCGAAGGGAAUAAUCAGGUAGCGGGGGAGCGUGUUGUCAAAAAGAGUGUGACACUGUCUUCCCGCGGACCGAUGAAAGAACGACUGUCUUGGUGCUAUGGGGAAAAGACCCCCGGGGUCCUGGGUUUGAAAAACCAUGGCAACACCUGUUUCAUGAAUGCCGUGGUGCAGUGUCUGAGCAAUACGGACCUGCUCGCCGAAUAUCUCGGCUUGGGGCAGUACAAAUCGGAUUUCGCCCAGAGAGUGAACGGGAUUGUAAAAAAUGAAGACGCACAACACGUUCGGGGUGAGAUGACCGAGCAGCUGGCCUGUUUGGUAAGGGCACUUUGGACUCUGGAGUAUACGCCGCAGCUGUCGGUGGAGUUCAAGAGCACCGUGUCGAAGUACAGCUCCCAGUUCCGAGGGAAUUCCCAGCAGGACGCCCUGGAGUUCCUCCUCUGGCUGCUGGACCGCGUGCACGAGGACGUCAGCUCCUCCCCGAACUGCAACAACAACAAGGCCAAAGCGUCUGCGAAGGGUCCCGGUGGAGCAGAUGAUGGCCCGGUCCUGGGGUCCGCGAAUGCACCGCAACACAGGGGACCUGGGGGACCUCACAGCUUUGUCCAGGAGCACUUCCAGGCUCAGUACAAGUCUUCCCUCACCUGCCCUCAUUGCCUUAAGCAAAGCAACACCUUCGACCCUUUCCUGUGCAUCUCCCUGCCCAUCCCUCUCCGCCAGACCAGACCUCUCUGUGUCACGCUGGUCUUCAGCACCAAGGGCCAGCGGUACCUGCGGAUCGGGUUGGCGGUGCCGUUGCUUGGGUCGCUGGCCUGCCUGCGCCGCAUGGUGGCGGACGAGGGCAAGAUCUCUCCGGACCAGGUGAUCCUGACAGAGAUCUACCCCACCGGAUUCCGCCGCUCCUUCUUCGAUGAGGAUGACCUCACCAGCAUAGCGGACAGCGACGUCAUCUACGCCUUCCAGGCCCCACCCCUCUGCAGGAGGGGUGGGCCCUUGCAAUUCUCAGGGUACCCUCUCAGCCUCCCCUCCUCUCCUUUCUCCUCCGGGCCCGAAGGUCAAAGGCUACCUCCCUCGGGCUUCCUUUCGUCCGAGUUCCUGAACCACGGCGGCGCGGGGAGGGUGCUGCUCCUGGUGUGCAACGCCGCGGGGACAGGGCAGCACGCUGUGAGAUUCGGUCCUCCGUACUUCAUGCUCGAGGACCGGAACAUUCCCUGGGAGCAGCUCCAGCAGAGCGUCCUCGCCAAGCUCCGCUACCUGAUGAUCAACGGGACGCAGGUGCAGAAUGCAGGAGUGCUCUUCAAGAUCCGCGUGGUCGGAGGACUGGCGCCCCACAGCUACCUGUCCCCUCAGGACAGUCGGCCACUCUGUCACCCCGCAGUGGACAGAGCCCUGAAGUUCUGCGGGACAGGGGGACCGCCCCAUGUCAAGCUUGUCAUCGAGUGGGACCACAAGACCAAAGAGCGCGUGUUUGGUAACAUCCAGGAGGAGGUGACCCGGGAUGCAGAGAGCGUGAGGAUCCAGCACCAGCAGCACCUCCAGCAGCACAGCUGCACCCUGGACGAGUGCUUCCAGCUCUACACCAAAGAGGAGCAGCUGGCACCGGACGACGCCUGGCGCUGCCCGCACUGCCAGCAGCUUCAGCAGGGCACGGUGAAGAUGAGCCUGUGGACGCUGCCCGACAUCCUCAUCCUCCACCUGAAGCGCUUCCGGCAGGCCGGCGAGCGCCGCACCAAGCUGCUGACGCUGGUGCGCUUCCCGCUGGCCGGCCUCGACAUGGCGCCCCACGUGGGCAAGGGGGGCCGUGGCGCCCGCCCCCUCGGCCCCUGGCCCGCCCCCUGGAGGCAGGCCGACCCGCCCCACGACUUCCUCUACGACCUGUACGCCGUCUGUAACCACCACGGCGGCAUGCACGGCGGGCACUACACAGCGUACUGCAGGAACUCAGUGGACGGCCAGUGGUACAGCUUUGACGACAGCAGUGUGGACAUGGUGCCGGAGGGGGAGGUGUGCACCCGGGGGGCCUACAUCCUCUUCUACCAGAAGCGCAACUCCAUCCCACCCUGGUCAGCCAGCAGCUCCGUCAAGGGUUCCACCUGCUCCUCAGCGUCAGACCACUGGCUGAUUCGCCUGGCCGGAGACAGCAAAAGGGGCAGCCUGGUCUCCAGGGUGUCCAGCAGCUGCCCCUCCCACGGGCCGCAGACUCCGGAGUCCCCCGUCUUCCACGGCGACACCCCUAAAAGAGAGAGGGGAGGGUUUGAGACCCGGCCGUUUGUGCACGGGACCCCGGGCCGGAGCAGGAGCAUGAGGACACCCACCAAGGCCAGGGAGGGCCUGAGCAAAGUGCUGCCCCUGCGCUGGUCACUGGGUUCCAAAGAGCGGCACAGGCCCACAGCCGCACCAGGAGAGCUGGUGGAGUACCUGGAGUCGGGGCGGCGGCCGCGCUGCACCAAGGAGUCCAUCGUCCCGCUGAUGACCGGCCCGGCCGAGGAGGGCCAGCGCAUGGAGCCCCCAGAGAGGAGCAGCAGCCUCAAGCAGGAUAAGAGCCUCGCCAAGAGGGUCUCCAAAAAGACCAAGCAAGACCAGGCUGUGAACCAGGACGCCCGGUCCCAGAGGAACCCCGCCGCAGCCCCCCAGCUCGGGUCCGACUGUGGCUCCGCCCUCGAACACCACCCGGACUGCGUGCUGAGGAGAGCCACGGGCCAGGCGGGGGCAGCAGCCAGGGCAGGAGGGCAGGGGGAGCAGCCGACAGCACUGACCCAGGACGGUAGAGGGAGGAGAGACGACGGCCUCUUCUGCUUGCUGACUCCCGGCUUCCUGAGGAGGGACGGGCCGAGGAAGUGCCGCGGAAACGAGGGGGUCGACAGCAGCCCGUCCCACCCGUCCCCUAACGGGACGCCGAACGGGCUGACCAAGCAGAACGCCAAUGGCGCCCCCAGAGGUGGCGGCAGACACUACGGGGACAUGGCCAACGGCGGGAUGGGCCGUGGCCUCGCGGACAUACGGCGCUCCCAAAGCUCCUCGCACAUCCCGACCCGGCUGGACGCAACACCGCGCAUCACCGCCCCGCUGUGCAAGAGAGUCCCUGUGGCCACACCCCCCCGAAACCCCACCCACAUCACUCUGCAGAGAGUCUGCUACAGCACCGCCUCACUUGGCAGAAAGAGGCCGGUCCCUGAGUCCAGCUUCUGACCACUUCAGCACAUCAGUAGCACCAUAAGUGGCA